UUCGAUCAGCCGAGUUGGGUCAGCCGCCAUUACUCAUGUAAAAGAACUUAGUAGGUAGAUUUAUGAUAAUUCUAGCCGGUUAAUUAGUGUUUGUGUGGUUUAAAAGACUUUUAAAUAGUUGGGGACAAAACAGAGUGUUGUGUUUUUCAAAGACUAUAUUCUUAGACACUUAUUUUUAGUGCCGUAAAUAGGUAAUGUCAGCAGGCGUGUCAGACCAGCGGAUGAAAGGACAAGGGAAUCAAGUCACCAAUGGCCCUAAGGACCACGUAAAUGAACAUGAUGAUUUUGACUCAUGGCGUACACAUCAUCAGGUUGAAAAUACGACGAUGAACGGAUUUGAAGCAAAGAAGAACCGAACUAAACGUAACGGCCCAAAUGAAAUGCGUUUUUACUAUCAUGAUAGCGCUCAGUUAGCCGCUUCUAUGGGCUACACAACCGGACCAACAGCGGCAGGCAUGGGUGACCCCUACUCGAUGUCCAACUACUAUGGCACAGCUGCAUCGUUCCCCUACCAGACAGCGGGCUACCCAGGGGGUCACCCGCCUCCACCCCCCGACCACCCGGCCGCCGCCCCCACCACGUGGUCGGCCAACGGACACGAGCACCCGCCGCAAAUGACCACCUUCCUCACCACGCCCAGCUACGGCCAUCAUGACCCCGCCGCCGGCUAUGCGGCAGCCAGCAUUGAUGCUGCUUCUAUUUUCGGCACCACUGGAGGUGGUUUCGGAGGAGCUGCCUUCGGCCAGCCGACCGCCUCCGGCUUCAACUACUUCCACGGCAAUGGCGACUACUCGACGUGGGGUGGUUCAGCCGCCCCCGCCUCCCUACGCAAACAGCACUACGACGACUACUACUCGUACGGGGGCGGUGCAGGUGGCGUCGAUCAGCUCAAGUCGGUCGAACAGUCGAUGCAGGGUCUGAGUCUGUGCGGGGAGGCGGUCAGUGGCGGCAAGGGCGAUGGAAGCGGUAAAGGGGAACUGUUGUCAUCCUCCUCCUCUUCCGCCCCCAAGAAGCAGACGUGGGCGGCUGUAGCGAGUCAGCCGGCCAAACCGCAGCCCCAGGUGGGAUCAAGUGGUACAAAAAAGAAAGGGCCCGGUGCGCCGCCUCCCCCCGUGGUGCCAGGCAAACACAAUAUGGACAUUGGAACGUGGGAGACGAAGAACAACGGGGUGGCCAAAGCGGCGGCGGCAGCGAUCGUAGCACCCCCCGUUCGCACGGUGCCUCCCUCGUGGACACCUGGGCCCCCCCGGGGUGCUCCGGCCCCCCCACACAACACCUUCCACCACCAAGUGGCAGUGCUGGCUCCUCCCCAACAUCCCCCCGUCAUGACUCACCACCAUCUCCCACCCCAACCGGCUCCCCCUCCCCCCAUGCAACCCCCCGGACCCCCUCUACCCCUUCCUUCACAUCCGAUCCUAGAUGAGUUACGUGUGAAAAAUAAUUACAAUCCGGUGGAUUUUGAUUUGUCGGCGAAGGAUGCGCGGUUCUUUGUGAUCAAAUCGUACAGUGAGGACGACAUUCAUCGUAGCAUCAAGUACGAAAUCUGGUGUUCGACUGAGCACGGCAACAAGCGGCUGGAUGAGGCGUACAGGGAGCGCGAGGCAAAGGGGGGCAGUGUGCUGUUGUUUUUCAGUGUGAACGGUUCGGGACAUUUCUGCGGCAUGGCUAGGAUGGUGUCCAAUGUAGACUAUCGGUCGUCGAGUUCGGUGUGGGCGCAGGACAAGUGGAAGGGCAAGUUCAAAGUGCGCUGGAUCUAUGUGAAGGAUGUGCCCAACGCGCAGUUGCGACACAUUCGACUCGAGAACAAUGAGAACAAGCCGGUGACAAACUCGCGUGACACCCAGGAGGUGCCCCCCGACAAGGGCCGACAAGUGUUGAAGGUUUUGCACCAGUUCCGACACUCCACCUCCAUCUUCGACGACUUUGUGCACUACGAGAAGCGCCAGGAGGAGGAGGACUCGAGGAAGGAGGCGGUUCCACCCGUGCCGCCCCCGUCGGCCGCCUCUCAGCAGCAGGAGAUGGCUCCCCCGCCGCCUCCAUCCGGCUCCAAUCAUCACGGCAUGCGCCCAUCACAUGGACAUCAUAAGGAUCGAGACAGUGGAAGCGGAGGUCGUGGAGGUGGUAGGGGAGGGAGAGGAGGAGGAGGUUCAAGAAAUAACUGAUAAAAUAUCUACUACUAACCGAUGGAAGAGUAUAAAAUUGAAAUUAUUAUAACUUAAAAACAACCAGUAGAAAAAUACAUCAUGUAAUAAAAAAUAUAUUGUAAUUCACUUGUUAUGAUGAUUAUUAUUAUUCUAAUUGAUGCAGAUUAUUAUUAUUAUCAUUAUAAUUAUUACUAUAAUUAGCAUUUCAAUUAUUCUUAUUAUUAUUGGAGUUUAGAUUGACUAAAAGAAGAUGAUGUCAUAAUAGAUUGGUUAUCAUAUUUGCCUCUUCUUUACAUAUUGAUAUUUUAUGUAAUUUGGAAAAUGUGUGAAAAAUAUUGUAAUGAAUAGACUAACGCAAAUCAAAAUGGUUAUUUUGGAGUCAUUUUGCGUUUUACAUAUACUUACAGUAUCCUGUAAGUUUACGAUUAUUCUAAUUCAACAUCAAUACGACACGAUAUUUUAGACAAUCUUUAGCCCAGUACAAUUUCAAUGAUAAUUAUCUUGAAAUUAAUUUUUCAAAUGUCUCGUCCUCAAUCAUAAGGAAACGUUUUCUCCCACGAAAAGAUAGAUUCAUCGACUGUGAUGUAUUUAAUCUAGUACCGGUAUAAGUAUAAUAAAUUAUGUAUUCCCGGUGUUAUUGUUGAAAGUUUACUUCCUAUUUAGUAUUGUGACAUUUAUAUUUAGUUUUGUUUCAUACACAUAACAGAAGAUACUUUACAUUAAAAAGUAAUUCAACAUGAUUGUGGAAUUGUAUCAGUUACAAGAUAUUAGAAAUAGUUUUUGAAGAAUAAUCCAUAAAAUGACUACAGCUUUGAUUAUCUGGUAAUCGACAAUAACACUAACGUAUUUGAAUCCAGAGAAUAAUAACAAUAGCUGAAUUUAAUAUCAUUAUUAUGUAUAUAUAUUUAAGGAAUCAAAUUUUGCUAUUCAUUUGAAGUUUUGUUACAGUUUUUGUACUACUGGCAAAGCUUGUUAUACUAUAUAUACUAUAUCACUUCGAGGCAAAUAUGAUAAUCAACAUUAUCUUCUAAUUUUUAUCAAUUAACUGUCUUAACAUAUUAUCCUUAUUUUUGUUUCUCAAUAGUUUCUAUUUAAUUUCUAGCAAAUGAAUUACAAAUCGUCUCUAGCUUAUAUAAUCAAAUUAGUAAAUUUCUCGUUCUAUUACAAUUACAAUUCGGUCUAUUUUUGUGUUGCUUUUGUGAGAAAUUGGUGAAGGCUUUGAAAUUAGAAAAAAAAAUGUUCGCAAUCGAGUUGUGAAAAUAUUUAUUGAAACAAAAAUCAUUUGAAUGGUUUGUAACUAGGUAAAACAUUUUCAAAUUACGUCACCUCAAAAUGAUGUCCAAAUUUAUUUUAUCUAGUUGUGUUAAAACUAGUAUGUUUUAGUCAAAGAGUUUCAAUUUUGCAUAAUACUCGUUCACUUUGAGUAUAAUUCUUCCAGUUUCAAAUGUUUUACAAAUGAAUUACAUCACUUCAAAAAUGGUUGUCCCAAUUUAUUUAUGUAGUUGCAUUGGAACUCGUUUCUAUUUGUUGAAAACGUCCACUUUCCAUAAUAUUUCUACAGUUUCAAAUUUUCAAAGGAUUACUUGAAAUCAAUCUCUAUUCUCCAAAUUCUUUCAUGCAGUUGCAUUAGAACGUUCAUCUUUUUUACGAUUUUCUAUACUUUUACAAGUUAGUAGCUACUCAUGUUUAAUAUGUGUUCCUUCUGAGCAUAAAAAUUAAUCAAAAAAAAAUAUUCAAGACAGUUUUUCUAUUUUCGUAGCGAAGCCUUAGGGUAUCGCUUGUUCCACUUCAUAUUCUUUGCCUAUACUGUCAGCAUUGGUUGAUGACAUUAAUGUCAUUCAUACUGCAGAAUGCUGACAAUUUAGUAUUAAAUAGAAACGAUUUCUUAUGCCUCUUGAGUUUUUUCAUUCUUUGCCGUGUUUUUCAACAGACUUUUCAAGGACUCUUUCAGAAGUUGACAGAUUCUUUAAAAAAUUGAGAAUUCUACUAGUUCAAUCACAAAAAAUUCAUAUUUGUACCCUAUUCAUAUUUUUGAAAUAAGAAAUAGUAAGGUUACUAAUAAUUCUUUGUAAUUGAACAUUCAAAAUUUUCCAUGGCAAUUUCAAUUCCUAAGUAGCCCCAUCAAAAUACUUAAUUGAUUCUACUAGUUACAGUUGAUUUAGAUCAUGUUGAAAGAAUGAUUUAAGACUCGAAUCUAUAAUGAAAUUCACUUCAUACUGUCAACAUUGUUAGAUCGCAAAGCAUUGAUGUUCUAUAAUAAGGUAUGAUGCCAGUUUGAAGUGAAUCUCACUAUAGUUUAAACAUCAAAACGUUACGUCAACGUUUAUUGAAACGUUGAGCCAGUCAACUAACCAGUAAUUAAUUAUUUUAACUUAUUGUAAUUUGAUUAUCAAAUUGAUUCCUCCCAAAUUCAAAAUAAGCCAACAUUUUAAUUGACUCCUUGUAAGCUCUGUUGGGAAUCACUGCUCCAUGAAUUUUGUGUUUUUAACAGUCUCAAAUAAAUUUAAACAUCCCCAAGCUUGGAAACAUUUUGUGACAAAAUUUUCUCUUUACCAAAGUUGCUGUUGUAAAAAAUCGUUGAGAUUAUUGUCAGUUGAAUGAUACGAGAUAUUGAUUCUAAUAACUAGAAUUGAGGAAUACUUAUCUAUUCAUUUGAAAGAUGAAGCAUUUUAUUAGAUAAAGCUGCUUUAAAUACUGUUGCAGAUUAUUUUUAUUCUUUUUCCUUUCAAACAGUAAUAUUCAUUGUUCAAUAUUAUUUGUUUCCUGGUUGAACUACCACCUCUCUGUUAGAAGUGAAUUUAUUGAAUAACUCUUUAUAACUAUUAUCCUGGAUAAUAAUAUUAUUAUAUAAUAAUAAAAUAUUCAACUGUAGAUUUUUUGCUGAUGUUGCCUGCAUGAGUUGUAGGCUUGUGCGUGGGAAAUAAGACUAUAUUCAAUAAUAAUAAUAAUAAUUCCUCUAUUCUUCAGUUGGAGUAACAAUAUCUUGUUCAUUUUCUUUCACUUCCAUCUCUGACGACAAAUUCUCAAACCAUUGUAACCACACAAAAUUGUGCCUCUUAAUUAAUUUGAUUUUCUCACUGUCUAGAAGUAAUAGAGAAUUGAAUUGUGUUGAAUAUUACUUAGGUGUAUGCUUACCUUUAUUAUGAUACUUUCUUGUGUAUUCCAACCGCUUUACCAUUCUCAUAAAAAAAGUUAUUGUUUUUAAUUCGUCUACAAUUAGUUUCUAGCUGUACUCUUAGUAGAUUGAUUUGCAUUUCCAUCUUGAGCGAUUAUUGAAAAUUACUUUGAAAGUACGUGUAGUUCUUUCCAAGAGCGCUUGGUAGCAUUUUGUGAGCUUUCAUUUUGAGACUUUUUCUAAAUAAGAUUAAUUUUGAACUGUCAGCAAUUGUUAUAAAUAACACCAACAUUUGCCAUUCUAGCAACGCCGACUGUAAGUAAAUCCUACAGUAACUAUAUUACCCAAUAAUAUAGUUACUGUAGUAAAUCCCACUUCACUUUAUAGCAACAAUUUUUCAACUUCUAUUAUCCCAAGAGCUUUCUAGGUUUUUUUUUAAAUUCUUCCGCUUCAAAACUUCAAUGUAAAGUUUUAUUUAUGAUGUGUUGUCAACAAUGUGUUGAAAAUUUUGUCAGAAAACUACUUUCAAUGGUAUUGUAUUGAUCAAAUUAUUAAUUAUUCUGCCAAAAAACAAUAUAUAAUUGAAAACUUGGUUUUCUAUUGUGUCUUGUUGCACGCUAUUAUGGUGAUAUCUCACUUUAUUCAAUGAUUUUCUCCGUGCAUUCAAAUCAAUUGGUAAUUAUUGUGAAUAUGGUAAAAAGCUACUACAUACAAAAAGCUUCUCAAAAAUGAAUAUUCCAAAGUGAAAUAUUUUCUCAAUUUUUACCAUUCUAAAACAAUAAUUAGUGCUUUCAAACAUUAAAAUAUUAUUACUAAACCUGAAAGUUAUAAUUUCAAUAAAUAUUGAAUAUUCUACAGUUGAAAAUGUAUUAACUGAUUUUCAAAUUGUACUAUUCAUUUAAAUUAGAAAACGUGGAGCUAUCAAAAUAUUAUUAUUUUUAUUACUGGAACCUUACAUAUCAGGCAAUGUCAAAUGUACCUACUAUUUAAUUUCAAUUAUUUAUUGAAGUCUGAGGUAAAAUUAUUAUGGACCACCAACUUGAGAUUUGAAAUUAAAUUUGUAUUUACAAAGGUAUGGAAAUUUUGAAAAUAUACUCAAUAUGCAAUAAAAUUGUUGAUUAAAAGUUGUGUAAUAUAUUUACUUGACAGUUAGUGAGCAUACAUGGAACACUCGAAAAAUAUACUAUACUACCACCAUUAUUGAACUGAAACAUACAAAAUUAUAUAUUUCUUGUUUUUGUUUCUAAUCUCACUAAAUAUCAGUAUUCAAUAAUCAUUUUUAUCAAUUCUAUAUUUUAAAAAAAUAAUUAUUUUUGGCGUUGAUAAGCAUUCUCAAAUUAUUUUCCAUAUCUUUGCAAUAUAUUUAUGUAGUUAUGUUCUGACUGGUUUUAAUGAUGUGAUGUUUGUUAUAUUUUAACGCUGGUUUGUGAUAAUAAUUAUUGAAUUUGUAUUUAUCUUUCCAAUUUUAACAUGAUAUUCAAAACACAAACUGUGAAUUAUUGGUUUAUGAAAAGUGGAAAACGUGUGAGGUUUUUGUGGUGAAAUUUUUUCGAGCGCGACACUUUAUAUCGGAGGAAGAGUGAACUUCGACAGAAACUGUGUAAUCAAGAAAUAUUUUUUGGGCUUGAAAUUUUUCGAAAAUAUAGACAAGUGAACAAAGUAGUGAAGGAUAGUGCUUCGUUGAUUGAAAUACCCUUGAUAGGGUCUAGGAUUUUUUAAAUAUUCAGUGCUGUGAAAGAACAGUUAAAUACAAUUGCAGCAUUACUCUCGAUUUGUGAACAGUUGGUUGUUAGACGAAAAACUACUGAAAACUUAGCGAACAUAUUCUAGUUUGAUCACUUCUACGCGUCUCCUAUUUUCAACAAUAGACACUUUCAAAAGUAUAUUUAAAUAUUGUAUAUCUUGUAAUUUAAAAAUAUUUAUAUGAAUGUAUUUCAAUAUUCCAUACAUUGUGGAGGUGACAUAUUGUAUAAAGGACUGGACAUAAUUAUAAAAUUAUUGCAGUGAUGUGCUACGGUAUGUCAGAUCGGGUAGAUUUUAAUAAUCAAUAAUUAUAUUGAUUCAAAUAAUAUGAUAUAUAAUAAAAAUAUGAUGCUAGAUGCAUUCAUUGCAUUGAUACAACACAUUGUUUAUAGGAUAUUACAUCAGAAUGGCACACGAUAUUUGGACAGUUAGGUAUGAAAUUGAAUUGCGGUAAUCUAGGUAAUACAUUUAUAUAUUUUAUUAUUUUUUAACAAUUGUUCGAACAGAUUUACUCAAAUAUGUUUUAUUAUAAAGAGUUGUUGAUUAUUGUUUUAUCUGAUUUUUUUAUUUUGAAAGAUGAUAUUAAUAUUUUAUGUGCUGGAAAAUAGUUUUAUUAUGUUUAGUUGAAACUAAUUUAAUUCACACACUUGAAGUUUCCAUUUUGUUUUCAGUAUUUCUGAGGUUCAGUUGCGAUUUGUUAUUUGUAUGUACUUUCUUGCUGGAUUACGUAAUAAACCGAAAUCAUUAUUGUA